CGUGACGCAAAUAUGAUAGGCAAAUGGUCUAGGCGCGUGUUUCAAGACGAAAGGUAAUUAGUAUAAAUUUUAAUUAUAUUUUUAAACACUUUUAGUUUUUAAUCGAAUAGUACUACUGUGAUUUGUUAUUUGGACGCUACGAUAAUGCACUAUCAAACAUUAAUUUCAAUACUAGUUUGGGUUGUUGUACUUUGUUCUAUACGCGUUAAGUCGGAUACGACAGGAUGGCGGUCCAUUGGCGUUCAAAUCUUAAAAAAAAAAAAGACAGAAGUAGUGGAUCCCAUUUCCGAAAUACUCAUAGCCAUAUCGUUGAACCAGAUGCCGGUCGACGAAUCUAACGUCUUAAAAAGACACAAGGACAUUGCGACUGUGCUUAUGUGUAAGUACAGCGAGAUUAUUUUUAAUUACAAGUAUCAAAUAAUUCAUUUUAUACGGGUUUGCCAGAACGAAAAAGAUUGUUCAGACUCUUACCAAAGUUAUUACGAUUGUUUUCAAUUGCUGUUGACCAAACUCCACAGCAUGUCGCCGAGGUUUAAAUGCAUGAUGGAUGCGUUGGACUUUAUUUACUCGCUAUAUCCACAAAAUAAAACUAAGUAUAAAGGUAUAGGUGUAAUGGAAGCCACUGACAAAUUGACUGAAUAUACUUUGACUAUAGGGCCGACAUUGUCAUCGAAACUGUCCGAACAAGGUACCACCGUAGACGUGGUCGAUUACGAAAUAAAUUUGAUAGGCCAUUUUAUCUCGGAAGUAUAUAAAAAGAACAUAUCUCGGUUUACCUACCGUCAUUGCAACAUUCAGACAAACAGAAAAUGGACUGAAAACACUUUAGUAGGCUUGUUUUUGUUUGCUAAGAGCAGCCAGAUGAUACCACAAGAAACGACUAUGUUGCAAUAUAUAGUAGACGAAAUGGAUUCUUACGCUAAUGAGAUCCUUAGCAAAUGGUUCAACGAUUUGGGCUUCGCAUACGGAGUGGAGGAUAAAGUUAUAAUCAGGACUAAUUAAAAUAUCUUUAGCACCAAAAUGUCGAUUUAUAGUGUAGUUUAAUUAUUACAAUAUUAUGUACAUCCAACUUAUAUAGAUAUUUUUGUUUCCAGCAGUUAUGUGUUAACAACUUAAUAUCAAAUAAAAUGUGUCAACGUGACAUUUUAUUUUACAACCUUUUUUGUCCUUACAACCUUUUUGCAUGUACACGUAGGCUAAAAUAAUUUAGGUAAACAUUAAAGAAAUUUACCAAAAAAAUCGAUUUCCUACGUUUUUGGUAAAAAUCAUAAAAGAGACAUAAAAAUGUUUGUAUUUCUUAAAUAAAAG